AUGGCGAGGAUCAUGGGUAUCCACGAGAAGCCGUGGCAGACGAAGGUAGCACAAAGCCUCGACAACAUGGUUCUCGAGGAGCAGAAGAGAGCAUGGUGGGCAAUUGUCAACCUAGACAGAUUCAUUAGUUUAUGCCACGGCGAGACUCUGCUUGCUACCGAGGACCCCGAGAUUUCGGAUAAGCUCCCAAUUGAAGACUUGUUGUGGUCAGAAGGCUCAGAACAAGAGGAGCUUGCAGCGCUAAUUGCUGCCGCCCCCUCACUCGAUACGCCAUCGAAUGUCACUCUUGGACAAAUGGCACGCGAGUGUCAGGUCUCUCAUAUUAUAGGAAGACUUACACGACACAUGUCUAACCCGACGCUGGAUCCAGAAUUCAAUCGUGAAGAAUGUCAUCAAAUAGAGCGUACUCUAAGGGCUUAUGUACCUCUCCUUGCCGAAGAAGAGCUGAAGACGGGCAAAUAUUGCGGCGCAUUUGCGAUGUGUAACAAGUAA